CAAGCCACACUAUAGCGGUAUAUGCUUUUCAGUUAUGUUUACGUGAAACCGGAGAAAAGAUUGAUCUGUGACGCUACUUAGUACGACUUUUACGAUAUCUUUAAGGUUGUUCACCAAGGUCGUUUGUUUAACUCUGAUAUUUUCGGUACUAUUCAUAUGUUUUUUUAAUAAACUAUCGUAUUUACUCACCUAUGAACAGCAAAGUGCAGUGCUUUUAGUGAAAAAUGAUGCUUUUGUAACAGAUUUUAGGCGCGAUGGAAAGUUGGAGAGUGUUUUGCCGUUUUGUUGUUGAUCUUGAAAUCUGUUGACCUCUUCUCCUAAUGGCUUGACAUAAUUGAAAUGCUACAAUGAUUUCCUUAAAUCUAUCAACUAUUUUCUUCAUCUUAGCCUAUCAAUCACUAGUUUGCUGCAGUACAAAAUAUGACUUUAGAUACAUAUCUCACAAGGAUUUACAAACGUCGAUACGUAAAGUGACCUUAGAAGGAGUAACAGCAUAUACCCAAAUGCUUUUUGAUGUAUCCAGAAAUCAGCUUUUUAUUGGGGCCAGGAAUACUCUUUAUCGUCUUCAGCUAGAGGGUCUUCAUAUGAUAGAAGCAGCUAAAUGGGAGCCAACAAUCGAAAAAAGACAAUCUUGUAUCAAUAAAGGUCAACCAGAAGAGAACUGUCAUAAUUAUAUCAAAAUAUUAUUGACUAAUGGGCAUCAGAUUUUUGCCUGUGGAACUAAUGCAUUUUCUCCCCUUUGUUCUUGGCGAGAUAUUGACGAACUUUUAAAUGUCACCAAAGUAAUUGAUGGAAUCGCGAAAUGUCCUUAUGACCCUGCUGCAAGUGUAACAGGAUUUAUUUCGGAUAACCACGAAUAUUUUUUUGGCGGAACUACAGAUUUUUCAAAUUCUGAUCCCCUCAUCUCAAAGAGCAUUAAUGGAUAUCCGCGUUUAAGAACCAAACAAUAUAAUAGCUUUUGGUUAAACGAUCCUCAGUUUGUUGGGUCUUUUGAAUCUUCACAAUUUGCCUAUUUUGUGUUUAAAGAAACUGCUGUUGAAUACAUUAACUGUGGUAAAGUGGUUUAUUCCCGAAUUGCAAGAGUAUGUAAAAAUGAUCAAGGAGGUCAUACUAUGUUAAAGGAUAACUGGACUACAUUUAUCAAAGCCAGACUUAAUUGUUCGCUGAGUGGUGAUUAUCCAUUUUAUUAUAAUGAAAUUCAAAGCGUGCAAUAUAUUUCUGAGGAAAAAACUAUGUAUGCCACUUUUACUACCCCUUCUAAUAGCAUCGCUGGUAGUGCUGUUUGUGCAUUUAACCUUACAUCAAUUGAAGAAGCUUUCAAUGGGCCUUUUAAAUAUCAAAAUGAUAUGAAUAGCGCUUGGACAACAAGAGAAAUCGAAAGUAGGGACCAUCUCGAGUGCAAAGCAUCGACACAAAGCACAUCAGAUGCAAGAAGUCAGAUGCUUUAUCAACUUAUGGAUAAAGCUGUACAAUCUACUACACUUGAUCCUUUACAUACCGCAGAUUUAGAACGCUUUACUCAUAUUACCGUUGAUAUAAUUUAUGGAAAAUACCAACGGGUUACCCAUGUCAUUUUUAUUGCAACAGAAGAAGGCCUGAUUAAAAAGUUGACCUUGUUGCCUAAUUCUAAGAAGUCAUGCAUUGUAGAACUUUGGCAAGUUUCCAAUCACGGUCUAAAUACUAUUAAAAAUAUGCAAUUCUUAAAAGAAACAAGCUCCAUAUAUGUGACUACUGAUGACGCUUUAAUCAGUAUUCCAGCAGAUCACUGUAAAAGAUAUAAUUUUAAAGAAGGGUGUUUAAAUGCAAUGGAUCCAUACUGCGGAUGGAAUGAGCUGGAAGACCGAUGUACUGCAGUUCCCAAUGGCAAUCGACAUAACAAGUACUGGAACCAGUUAUUAAAUUCUUGUCCGGUGUUAGACACACCAGUUGAUGGAGGUUGGGGCGCCUGGUCAGAAUGGCAAAGCUGUUACCAUAAAGCAACCACAGAUGUCGCAGAAACUGACCAAUGUCUAUGCAGGAUGCGACAGUGUAAUAAUCCUGCUCCAGCAAAUGAUGGUCUGUCUUGCGCAGGUGCUUCCGUCGCAGUAACGAACUGCACCUUGCACGGUGGAUGGUCAGACUGGUCACCGUGGUCAGCAUGUUCUGCUACUUGUGGUACCGCUGUGAAAACAAGAAUACGAACGUGUACUAACCCAGCGCCGGCAUUUGGAGGAAGGGUCUGCGUCGGUCAAGAUCGUAUUGAAGCAUAUUGCGCAGAUAUUCCGCCAUGUCCCGCGGAACCUACCGAUGGAGGUUGGUCUGCGUGGCUACCUUGGUCUGCCUGUAGUGCAAACUGCGCAGGAGGGUAUAAGUCUCGUCAAAGGUAUUGCGAUAAUCCUGCUCCAAAAAAUGGCGGACAAUAUUGCAAGGGAAACGAUGUCGAGUACGAAAAUUGUAACGAACAUCCUUGUAAAGAUCAUAAGCAGUUGCACGCUACUGAAUGGAUAACAGAUUAUAAUAUUUCAAGGCAUCAGUACCAUCAGAAGAGAUACCGAAUUACUUGUAAAGCACCAGUGAGAUAUGCAACCCAGAUAAAGAUUUUUGUUAAAGAUGAAAAUCAGGUCUGCCAUGGCAGUAAGUGUGAAACAGAGGAUAAUGAUCAUAAUGGUUGGAGCUCUUGGAGUAACUGGAGUGAGUGUUCUGUAAGCUGUGGAGGUGGUACCCAAUCCAAGACAAGACAUUGCUUUAGGGGAAAUUGUUUAGGUUCUGGUACUCAAACAAGAGACUGUAAUAAGCAUGCGUGCGAAGACAGUUGGGGAUGCUGGUCAGAAUGGUCCCCAUGUAAUGUAUCAUGUGGUUGGGGUGCCAAAACCAGAUAUAGAGAGUGUUUAGGCCAAAAUUGCAGAGGUCCUGAGACUGAAAAGCAGGCAUGUCAAGACCAACCUUGUGAGAAUAUUCUCGGUUGGGGUAAUUGGACAGAAUGGUCCCUUUGUGACGAAAACGAUAUGCAGUAUAGAAAAAGAACUUGUUACACGGACAACCCUGGACCACACAUGUGUCAAGGCAGCGCCUUGCAAUCAAGAAUGUGCAUAGGCAGCUUUCUAUCGAAUGAACUCAAUGAUUACAGUAUACGCGCAGUCGACUGCUCAUGUGCAAAAUCAAACCUUAGUUUCUUUUUUCUGGGUUUAAUAGUGGGAGUUACUCUGGUGCUAAUAUUGUACCUGAUAGGUCAAAAAUUAAAACGAAAAAAGUACAGAGUGCCAAGUUCUCCGCAUUAUAUUACGGAAUCCAACCCCUACAUUUCUGUACCACCAAGAGAAGCGCCGCAGUUAAAGAAACAGAACAGUUAUAGUGAUAGUGGAACUAUAAAAUCAAAAUUCAAUUUUGAUUUCGGAAGUACGUUAAAGAGGAAUAGCAAUGAAGUUAAAAAUGGACAUGCAAAGCCAUAUUAUGAUAGUGAUCAUUUGUAUGAGUAAAAGCGUUUGACUAGUUUUAAUAUCUUUAAACACUCUUCACUUAAUUUAUUUCAUCAUCAGUUUGGACAAACAUGUAAAAAGCUGACAGUAAGUUUUAUAUUACAUUCUCAAACCUUUAACUUUGAAUGGUCGAUUUAUUACAUAUGAAUAAAAAAAAUAUUUUUUUUUAAUAAUUCAAAAUUUAUCUAACCGCGUAAAUUAUAAUCCUUACUAAGAACUGGCUUAAGUUUACUACCCCGACACGACUUCGUCUCACAAUAGCAGACUUUCGUUUUUGAAAUAUGCUGCUCAUGUUUAACUUGUUACAUUUUAUUACAUAAUUUUUUCUCAUAUGUGAUAUGAUUUAUUAAAAACAGAAUUUAUUUUUGUACAGAGAUUUAAGCCUUAAAAUAGUACCUGCUUACAAAUACAUUAUGUUGUGAAUAAUUCUCUGAAGUUGCCAUAUAUUAUAUUAAAAACAUACUAUUUAAAAUUUAAAUUCAUAUACAGUACAUGCAAUGUAAAUAUUAGAUUGUAAAUAUAGAGUUAAGUUCCUUAAGUUUCCUCAUAUUGAGGUUUGAUUGUUAUUUAUAGCUGUGCUAUUUAAUAUAUUGUUGUGUAAAUGUUGUUAUAAGUACAUUUUAGUAUUAUACACUUUUAUAAUAUAAAACUUUUAUAAAAUAUAACUAUUUUUAAUAAUAAA